AUGCGCAGGAACUUUCAUCACUGGGAUAUAAUAGCAGUACUAAUGCGAAUGGAAAUGAAAAGGGAAACCUUAACACUCUUGUCAAAGCAAUCCCUGGAGUAUCUAUUGCCAGUCAUGCUGAUCAUCACAAGCAUAGUAAAAGCGUCAAGAGACGUGAGAAAAGAGCUCAGCAAGAAGCUGCAAGGGAGCAAAGAAAACAGGAGCAACAAAGAAACAUCACUAGUGAUAAGAGUGGUUGAGGAUGAGUUAUUGGAGAAGAAGCUGGACCCACUUGGAAUGACCAUUAAUGAGGUUAAACCUGAUGGCCACUGCCUUUAUCGAGCUGUUAGAAGAUCAGCUAGCUCACUUGUCAGGAGGGGUGAGGCAGAUGAUAAAAUCAAAGAUGUUUGUGCUGAUGAUCUUGAGUACAUGUUUUACUCAGACAUCAAGGAACUUUCUCCCACAGACUUGCAUAAAUCCGUCGUUUCUUUGAAGACUAUAUCCUAA